AGAGAGAGAGAGAGAGAGGGAUUUGGUAGAGAAUUAAGAGAGCUAAGUUCGGAACAGUGAGUCUUGAGAGUCGGAGUCCAAAAUGUACGGUUCUUUGGGACUUCUUUCGACACCUUGUGUUGUUGGAUCUUUAGCGCCGUUCUACAGCAAAGAUUCAGCAAAGGCCUCAAGCCACAGCCGGUACCUUACAACACAGAAUACAAUUGGAUUUAUGGCUGGGUCUCGUAAAUUGCUUGGGAAAUUCAUUUCUCCGUUGAAGGUCAGAUCAAAUGGGAGGGCGGACCACAGUUCCAUUAUAUCGGCUGUUUUGACUGAUGACAACUCAACGAUGACCAUCGAAGAUGAUACUGAAAAGAUUGGUCUGUUCAGCAUAGAUCCUGGCUUGGAACCAUUCAAAGAUCACUUCAGAUACCGAUUGAAAAGAUAUGUGGAUCAGAAAAAGCUCAUUGAGAAAUAUGAAGGAAGCCUUGAGGAAUUUGCGCAAGGUUAUUUGAAAUUCGGUUUUUACAGAGAAGAAGAUGGCAUAGUGUAUCGUGAGUGGGCCCCUGCAGCUCAGGAAGCACAAGUUGUUGGGGAUUUCAAUGGAUGGAAUGGUUCCAACCACUGCAUGGAAAAGAAUGAAUUUGGAGUUUGGAGUAUCAAGAUUCCUGAUUCCGGUGGAAAUCCUGCCAUCCCUCACAAUUCUCUAGUCAAGUUCCGAUACAAACAUGGUGAUGGAAUUUGGGUUGAUCGAAUUCCAGCUUGGAUAAAGUAUGCUACUGUGGACCCUACAAAAUUCGGGGCGCCAUAUGAUGGAGUUUAUUGGGAUCCACCACCCUUGGAAAGGUACCAAUUUAAAUUUCCUCGCCCUCCAAAACCCAAGGCCCCGAGGAUAUACGAAGCUCAUGUAGGGAUGAGCAGCUCAGAACCUCGUAUUAACUCAUACAGAGAGUUUGCGGAUGAUAUUUUGCCCCGUAUUCAAGCAAAUAAUUACAACACUAUCCAGUUGAUGGCCGUAAUGGAGCAUUCCUACUAUGGGUCAUUUGGGUAUCACGUUACAAACUUCUUUGCUGUCAGCAGUAGGUCAGGAACCCCUGAGGACCUCAAGUAUCUGAUUGAUAAAGCCCAUAGCCUAGGUUUGCAGGUCUUGAUGGAUGUUGUUCAUAGCCAUGCAAGUAACAAUGUCACCGAUGGCCUCAACGGAUUUGAUGUUGGCCAAAGCUCCCAAGAUUCUUAUUUCCACACGGGGGAUCAUGGCUACCAUAAGCUAUGGGAUAGUAGACUUUUUAACUAUGCUAAUUGGGAAGUUCUGCGUUUUCUUCUAUCUAACUUGAGGUGGUGGAUGGAUGAGUACAAAUUUGAUGGGUUUCGUUUUGAUGGAGUUACAUCAAUGUUGUAUCAUCAUCAUGGAAUCAACAUGACAUUCACGGGGAAUUAUAAUGAUUAUUUUAGCGAGGAAACGGAUGUUGACGCCAUGGUUUUUUUGAUGUUGGCCAAUUGUUUGAUUCAUAAUGUCUUGCCGGAUGCAACUGUGGUAGCAGAAGAUGUUUCUGGUAUGCCUGGACUUGGUCGGCCAGUCUCUGAGGGGGGAAAUGGCUUUGACUACCGCUUGGCAAUGGGUAUUCCUGACAAGUGGAUUGAUUACGUAAAGAACAAGAGUGAUCAAGAAUGGUCAAUGCAGGAGAUAUCAUGGAGUUUGACAAAUAGGAGAUACAGUGAGAAGUGUAUAGCUUAUGCUGAGAGUCAUGACCAGGCCAUUGUGGGUGACAGGACUAUUGCAUUUCUCCUAAUGGAUAAAGAAAUGUAUACUGGCAUGUCUAGUUUGGUGGAUGCUUCUCCCACUGUUGAGCGAGGGGUAGCGCUUCACAAGAUGAUUCAUUUUCUAACAAUGGCAUUGGGAGGAGAAGGCUACCUCAAUUUCAUGGGGAAUGAGUUUGGCCAUCCUGAGUGGAUUGACUUCCCAAGAGAAGGCAAUGGUUGGAGUUAUGACAAAUGCAGGCGUCAAUGGGACCUAGCGGAUUCAGAUAAUUUGAGAUACAAGUUCAUGAAUGCAUUCAAUAGAGCUAUGAACGCGCUUGAUGACAAAUAUUCCUUCAUUGCAUCAACAAAGCAGAUUGUUAGCAGCACAAGUGAGGAUGACAAGGUUAUUGUAUUUGAACGUGGAAAUCUAGUUUUUGUGUUCAACUUUCAUCCGGAGAAUACAUAUGAUGGGUACAAAGUUGGGUGUGACUUGCCUGGGAAAUAUAGGGUUGCUCUGGACAGUGAUGCUCUAGAGUUUGGCGGACAUGGAAGGGUGGGCCAUGACGUCGACCAUUUCACAUCCCCUGAAGGAAUACCAGGAGUGCCUGAAACAAACUUUAACAACCGUCCCAACUCCUUCAAAGUACUCUCACCAGCACGCACUUGUGUGGUUUACCACAGAGUUGAAGAAGAGUUGGAAAAAACUGAUGAGAGCGAUAUGGCAAGUGUCAGUGAGUCAGCUGCCGCAGAUGUUAUGGCCAGGGAUGAGAGAGUUGAAGAGUCAGCUCCUGAUGACGAUUUUGCUGCUGAUCCAAGUGUGGCAGAAGAUUUAGAAGUGGAAGAGACAGGAGAAGGCACAAUGGAUGAUUGAUUACAUCCCGUUACUUCAUAUUUUCACUCGAAUUGAUCUAAAAAUGCAGUCCACUCCUGUGUACAUAUUGCAGUGCGACUAACUAAGUCAAAAGGACCUGUCACGGCAUAUAAUCGCAACAGUACCGAUAGUUAUAGAGAUCUGUCCGAGGAUCUUUUGUUUCUAAAAGGUUCCGGCUUUGUACAUAAUGGAAACUAUUGCAGAAUGUUGCUACUGCCAUAUGCUAUCUUUUCCAGAAGGAUCAAGUUUCAUGUUUUGCUAUUGCGGCACCUUAUAA